CCUCCCUCCCUUUCUUCCCUCCCUCCUUGGACUCCCCGCUGUGGUCGGGUUGGGCCAAAGCAGCCGAGCCGGAGGGCGCAGGCAAGGCAAGGCAAGGCGAGCCAGUCUCAGGGUUGCCAAGGCAGGGACUGGCUGGCGCCUGCGGGGGGACCCCCCCUCCCUGCUGCUGCUCCUCUUCCUCCUCCCCUCCCUCCCUCCGCACUCGUCGCCUAUUGAGAACAACCCAGCCGGCUCCUGAGGAGAGAAGAGCGAGGAGCGGGGGGGAAGACGCCCCCCCCGGCCCCUGGGCAGCAACAUGAGUGAGCAGAGCAUCUGCCAAGCACGGGCUGCUGUAAUGGUCUAUGAUGAUGCUAAUAAGAAGUGGGUACCAGCUGGUGGAUCUACUGGAUUUAGCAGAGUUCAUAUAUAUCACCAUACUGGCAACAAUACAUUUAGAGUAGUUGGCAGAAAGAUUCAGGAUCAUCAGGUGGUAAUAAAUUGUGCCAUUCCAAAAGGAUUGAAGUACAAUCAAGCAACACAGACGUUUCAUCAGUGGCGGGAUGCUAGACAAGUGUAUGGGCUCAACUUUGGCAGCAAAGAAGAUGCCAAUGUCUUCGCAAGUGCCAUGAUGCAUGCCUUAGAAGUGUUAAAUUCACAAGACUCUGGUCCAACGUUGCCUCGACAAAAUGCACAACUUCCCCCACAGGUGCAAAAUGGCCCAUCACAAGAAGACUUAGAAAUCCAGAGAAGGCAGCUGCAGGAGCAGCAACGGCAAAAGGAGUUGGAAAGGGAGCGGCUGGAACGCGACAGGCUGGAGCGCGAGAGGCUGGAGAGGGAAAGACUAGAACGAGAGCGACUGGAGCGCGAGAGGCUGGAGAAGGAGAGGCUGGAACGAGAGCGGCUAGAACAGGAGCACCUGGAGAGGGAGCGGCUGGAGAGGGAGCGGCAGGAGCGAGACCGGCAGGAGCGCCUAGAGAGAGAGAGGCAAGAGCGGGAAAGGCAGGAGCAGGAGAGAGCAGAAUGGGAAAGGCAAGAAAGGGAGCACCAGGACCAACUGGAAAGAGAGCAGCUGGAAUGGGAAAGAGAAAGAAAACUGUCAAGCGCUGCUCCAUCUUACGACAACUCCCCGUAUAGUACUUCACUUCCUGAAUACUCCAGUUGCCAGCCUCCUUCGGCACCACCUCCUUCAUAUGCUAAAGCAAUGUCAGACUCUACUCCGGAUUAUGCUAAUAUGACUUCUGCACAAUCGGUUUCCUCUCCCCCCACACCACCACUAAGGCACUCUGCGUCACGUUUUGCUACAUCUUUGGGCUCUGCCUUUCACCCUGUCCUUCCACAUUACGCCACAGUUCCUCGUCAAGUAAACAAAAGUUCUCGGCCACCUUCACCUGUGAACCCCCCAGCCCCUUUGCCCCCUAGUACCAAGUCCACUACUUGGUCUGCUUCUAGUUUUGCACCUCUUCCUCCUUCUCCACCUGUAAUGAUUAGCAGCCCACCAGGCAAAGCCACUGGCCCAAAGCCUGUUCUCCCCAUUCCAGUAACCGCUCAACUAUCCCAGUUGUCCCCAUCCCCUACUGCACCCAAUGGUCUUCCAGAACUGGCAAAUUAUCCAGCACCUUCACCACCUACCUCUGGUCCAACGCCGCCACCUUCCUUUCAGCCUCUCUCGCUCUCUGGACCUCAAGCUUCCUCUCCAAGUUCCCCUAAUGCCUCGACUCCCUCAUCCAAGCCUAGUGUUCUCCCUUCUCCCUCUGCAGCUCCCCCUGCCUCUGUUGAGAACUCUCUAAACUCUGUGCUGGGAGACUCCUCUGCUUCUGAGCCAGUCUUGCAGACAGCCUCUCAGCCGAUUGAACCUCCUCCGUCCCAGCAGGGUGUUAUCCAAGGACCACCUGCACCCCCACCCCCGCCCCCUCUCCCACCUGGCCCUGUCCAGUCACCACCAGCAGUCCCCCCUCCCCCUGGACCCCCUCCCCCUCCCCCUCUUCCACCAUCGGGGCCACCUCCCCCACCUCCUCCUCCCCUUCCUAACCAGGUUCCUCCCCCACCUCCGGCCCCUCCUCUGCCUCCCGCGGGUUUUUCCAUGGGAUCGAUGUAUGAAGACCACCGCCCUUUAACAGGACUAGCAGCUGCUCUUGCUGGAGCCAAACUCAGAAAAGUAUCGCGGAAUGAAGAUUCUCCUAAUACCAGUGGAGGAGCGAGCUCUGCUUCGCCCAAAACAGAUACUGGCCGUGGGAAUGGGCCGCUCCCGCUUGGAGGAAGUGGCUUAAUGGAAGAAAUGAGUGCCCUGCUGGCAAGAAGGAGACGAAUUGCAGAGAAGGGAUCAUCAGAAACAGAAACAAAGGAAGAAAAAAAUGAAGAACCAGAGCAUUCAGCUUCAAAGCCUCCUUCAACAAGCACACCUGAACUAACAAGAAAGCCUUGGGAAAGAACGAGUGCAAUGAAUGGAAGCAAGUCACCCAUUAUCUCGAGACCAAAAUCUGCAUCCUCUGGGCAACCCAGUACGAAUGGAGUACAGUCUGAAGGGCUAGACUAUGACAGAUUGAAACAGGAUAUUUUAGAUGAAAUGAGGAAGGAAUUAACAAAACUAAAAGAAGAGUUAAUUGAUGCAAUCCGGCAAGAACUGAGCAAGUCGAAUACAGCAUAGUAGGACUUAGCCGUUGUGACCACUGGUCUUGGCACAAAAUCGACAACAUUUUGCGAGCUGUUAGAAGAAAAUGGGGGGGAAAAAUACACUUGGAAGAAGGGCAAGAUUCUGAAAGCUUUCAGACAUCACUUCGGUAUACGAUUUCCCUUUGCUGCUGUUUUCUGACUUUAAACCUGGUGGAAAAUGUUCUUAAGUUGCGGUAACGAUUUAUGCAGAAAAUCCUACACCUGUCAGACGAGAUCACAGUGCAUUGAAAUGUUUUCAUUUCGAGAUGAAGCUGCACAUUCACAAAUCAUUAAGACUAAAAGAGAGAGAGAGAGAGAGGAGAAAAGCUUCGGAAGGCUUUUCAGAGAGGUUUUCUUAAUGAAGGAUUUAGCAAGUUAUACUGUUGUACAAAUGUAUCUCAGGUUAGUCUUCCUAUCAUAUGGGGUGUUUCCAUGAAUUAAAGAUCAAACAUGAAUUCGGUUCACAAAAUAAAGAACAGAUAAGAGUAUGUUGUAAAAUAACGAUGUUGGUGAAUGAGAGAUCUUCUAGGAUGUGAUGAUAUAUUGAGUUUUGGAAUCUUAUGAUAGGAAGCCUCUCUAGUUAGCCUUCGUUCAGUUUUGUAGGGAAAAAUGCAAAUGCUGUCCUGAGUAUAAAGAUGUAGAUGCCUUCCUAAAUUGUAAUGCUUUACCAAAUCUAAGACUUCUCCAGAAAAAGAAAUCAAUGGUCAAAUGUAAAUUGUUAGAGACUUACUGUAGGUUUUUGAGCUUUUAAGAUUUAUGCAUGUAGACAUUUUUGUAAUAUAACACAACCACAGAGUUGGCUUUUUAAUUUAAAACAUCAUUGCAUGCCACAAAUAUUAAGUAGCCUUUUUACAGUAAGGCCUAGUUAACGCCCAGGCAAAACUUGGGAGGUGUAGGGUUGGGGGGUAGGGUGACUUUUUUAUUUAAAAAAAUUUGUAUUAAUUACUGCACUAUUUUUCCUUAUAUUGCAUGCAUGUGUAAUAAUAAGGAAAAUGUUGUGACUUAUCAGUAACCAUGUUAAAUAGAAGCAGAUACUUAAUAAUUUUUUGUAUCAUUUUGUUUGUAUUUCAAAAUUAGUAAUGCUUCAGUAAGAGGUUUGGAAACCCUUAAGCAAUUUUGCUUCUUUUUCUUAACUUGGUAUAAAGUUAAGCAUCGUGAUUAAACUUAGAGGUAAU